UACAAUGCUCCCAAGCGGACAUCGUCAUCCUACACGAUGCAAAUGGUGGGAGGCAUUGCGCGGGUUUCAGCGCUCGGGACGCUACCAACGACCAUUCUUGUUGUCGCGCUCUACACAGUGCUCUUCCUUGCCGUUUUUUAUACCGACAAGGUUCCUGCAGUUCCGAAGGACCAACAUGGCCUUAACCUGACAGAGGCAUAUGUGGAUCUUGGUCGUAUCGCCGCCCACCCUCACCCAUUUCUGUCGCAUGCAAACGACCAAGUGCAUUCCUUCAUUCUCGGCCGCCUCAACAGCAUCGCAAAACUCCACCCUCAUGUUGAGGUGGUCAACGACGUGUUCACGAAUGCUUCAUUGCCGGCUUGGAACGGUGGUGGGAACGUUGUCUACCACGAAGCAACGAAUUUGCUCGUCAAGGUCCAAGGCACGGAUCCCACCAAGCCGGGGGUGCUCUUCUCAGCGCAUUAUGACUCGGUUUCAACCGCGUCCGGCGCAACAGACGACGGGAUGGGUGUGGCUACUCUGAUUCAGCUAGUUCAGUAUUUCGGCGAAAACAGACCCACUCGGACAGCAAUCAUCAAUAUCAACAACGGGGAGGAGGACGGGCUCAAUGGGGCUUAUAUAUUCACACGCCAUCCAUGGGCGAAUCUGACCGACUCGUUUCUUAAUCUGGAAGGAGCUGGCUCUGGAGGCCGCCCUCUGCUUUUCCGGGGCACCUCACUUGCGACCAUUGAAGCAUUCCACGUUCCUCAUCCGCAUGCAAAUGUCAUUUCCGCCGACGCAUUUGCGAUUGGGCUCGUCCGUUCCGGCACAGACUAUAGUGUCUAUACCGAAUCUGGGAUGCAGGGACUUGAUUUCGCGUUCUACAAAGGUCGAAGCAAGUACCACACCAAAUACGACGCAAUACCGUAUACUGUGGGCCACGAGGCGGCAUUGUGGGCCAUGAUGGAGUCAGCAAAAUCGGCUGGAUCGGCGUUGUUGAACAGCGAUGAAACACACGGAGGAGGCCCUCCAGCAGUAUAUUUUGAUCUGUUUGGCCUUUGGCUGGUGGUAAUGCCGUUGCGCUGUCUCUAUAUCGUCAACAUCUUCCUCUUGGUCGCUGGGCCGUUGGUGAUGGUGGUCGUAGCUGUCGCUGAAGCGUCAAUUCUUCGCGGGCGUCGAGCUGAGAGCGAAGACAUACUAAACGAUGAGAAUUUCCAAUCCAAUGUUCCAUCUAACGGCGCGUGGUCAUGGGCUAAAUUCUGGGUUGGAGUCGGUGUUUCGGUGGCCCUACAAGCAUUGCUUGUCUUUCUUUAUCUGCGAUUCAAUCCUUAUAUUGUUCAUUCCCGCCCUUCUCUGGUAAUCACCUCGUCGUUCACCCUUGCCUAUCUAUCUCUUGUUCUUGUCACAACGCCGGUUGGCAAGCAGGUCAUGUAUUUCCAGACAUACAUCCUGACCUGGAUUCUCCUCGCCUUGUCAACCGUUGCUGUCAACGCAGGGAUCGGUGGUGUUUACUUCGUCACAGCGUGGAACGCCGCGAUCUGGCUGGCCUGUCUCCUUGGCUCCAUCGAAAACAUGGUUGGAGCACAACAUCAGCGUACUGAUUAUACUGCAUUGCCCCACCAAGACGACAAACAGCCGGUUGAAGACGGAGGAGAAGAAGCAGUUUUGCUCUUUCCCGAGCCUCAAAAGCGAGAGGAAAGCGGUGCCCUUCAGUGGUGGAUCCCCCAACUUGUGCUAGCUGUUGGAGUGCCUGUCACGCUUCUUAUCCACAUUACUGUGCUGAUGGUGGCCUCACUGUCCCAAACGCUGGCUGACGGUAGUCCACCAAACAUAGUCUACAUUGUCAUUUCCACCCUCAUCUUUAUGACGGUGCUUUGCAUCGUUCCUUUCACCUCCAGGAUCCAUUCGUUCAUCACGACGACGUGCAUUAUCCUCUUCAUCGUGGCAACAAUAUACGGCCUGACGACGUUCCCCUUCUCGGCCCAGGAACCACUGAAGGUGUCCUUUCAGCAAACCAUCGCGCUGGGCGACGUGUCUUCACCGAAUGCAGAAAUCAAGUUUGCCACCAGCACCGUUAUCGGUGUGGAACAGCAUUUUGUGCAGGACUUGUUGAAGAUGAUACCGAGCGCAACGGAGCCAUCAGCAGAGCUAAGAUGUGUCGCGAACAGCACCGCGAUACCAGGGCUCGCUGCGUGUUCCUGGAAGUCUCAGCUGCUGUCCUUGCCAUCGCCGGAUGACAAAUCGACUGCCCCGGCGAGAUGGGUCACUGCCAAUGCGACAAUAUCAGGACCAACAUCCGCGCGAUUCGUAGUGGCGGCGAGAAAUUCACGCGGGUGUCGACUGACUUUCACCAACGGCAAUCUGCGCGUGAAGAGCCAUUUCGUGCACGGUGCAAAGGAAGGGAAGGUAUCGGUCGCCGAGGAGUACACUGAGAUGCUCCUUUGGAGUCGACAAUGGGGUCGGCAGUUCACUGUCGAUGUUGAAUGGGAAGUUAAGGCAGGAGAGGCGUCAGACAGAAGGCUGCAGGGCACGAUUUCUUGCUUGUGGGCUGAGUAUGCGAGCGGGAGCGCGGGGGUCAAUGAGACGGGGCGGAUACCAGCUUUUGAGGAAAUUGUCACUCUCCUGCCAACCUGGGGGGUGGUCACGAGGCAAGCGCAGGGGCUCGUCAAGGCGUCUUACACGUAUUCCGUGUGA